AUGGCGGCGACGCCCAACGGUUUAGCUGCUAGUAAUUUUCGCAAGAAGUUGAAUCAGACUGCGAACGAAAUCAUGCCUUCCGAGCACACCGGUCUCAAUGGCGACGCCGAACCCAACGAGCGCACCAACCUUCUCUCGAGAUAUGCCAGUACCGACAGCGGCACUCCUUACUACAAGCAUGACAAUCCCGCCAUAAGAUACCCCUUCCUCAUCGCACAUACCACCUGGGAGGUUCUCAAGACCAACUAUGUCAACGUCCUACUUGUCUUUGUGCCUUUGGGUAUCAUCUCAGGAAUCCUUGAGUGGAACCCCGUCGUUCAAUUCGUCCUGAACUUCAUCGCUAUCAUCCCACUCGCCUCACUAUUGGCCUUCGCUACCGAAGAACUUGCUGUACCACUUGGACAAACCUUGGGAGGAUUGCUCAAUGCCACUUUUGGAAACGCCGUGGAACUCAUUGUGAGCAUCAUCGCUCUUCAAGCCAAUGAAAUCCGCAUCGUUCAAGCUAGUAUGCUCGGUAGCAUCUUGUCCAACAUCCUGCUCGUUCUGGGUUGCUGCUUUUUGGCGGGUGGUCUCCGAUAUCCAGAACAAUCCUUCAACUCGACCGUCGCAUCUACCAUGUCGUCGCUCAUGACGGUAGCCACCUCAUCAUUGAUCAUUCCUGCGACCCUUUAUGCCGUCAUGGCGGAGAAUAAAUCGCAAGAAGAUAACAUCAUGAUCCUGUCGCGAGGCACUUCCAUCAUCCUUUUGUUGAUCUACGUGGCAUAUCUCUAUUUCCAAUUGAAGUCCCACGCCGACCUGUUUGACGAUGCUGAGGCUCAAGAGCAUGCCGGAGACGAGCCUGAACUUUUGGGUCCCUGGGCUGCUGGUGCCGCCUUGGUUGUAGUCACCCUGUUGGUGGCCAUCUGCGCCGAGUACCUCGUUGACAGCAUUCCUGCAAUUGUGGAAAAGGCACACAUCAGCAAGACCUUUAUUGGUUUGAUCCUGAUUCCAAUUGUCGGAAAUGCGGCCGAGCAUGUCACUGCAGUCAUUGUGGCCUGGAAGAACAAGAUGGACUUGGCAAUCGGCGUGGCUAUUGGCUCCAGUCUUCAGAUUGCCUUGUUCGUUACUCCCUUCUUGGUGGUUCUCGGUUGGAUCAUGGACAAGCCAAUGACCUUGCACUUCGAGACCUUCGAGACGGUUUCCUUCUUCCUGGCAUCGCUCGUGGUUGUUCUUCUCAUCCAAGAUGGCAAAUCCAAUUAUUUGGAAGGUCUACUUUGCCUGGGCAUGUACAUCAUCAUCGCUCUGGCUUUCUGGGUACUACCCGACAACCAAGAAUCAGGCCUCAACCUCGGCCACAAGCUUUUCAGCGGACAUGUGGCAAGCUGA